AUGAAAGGACGUAGGUUCAAAAGUACUCCACCAUGGAGACCUUAUCGUCUCCGAUUCGAAAAAUCUCAGGCGGAGGUUUCAAGCAAACUACCUAAGUCCGUGCCAGAAACUAUUGAUUCUCUUUAUCCUGCAUCUUUUGGUACACAUGUAUCGAAUGUUCCUGAGACUCUUCUGUCUGAUAUGGAUUCAGAUGACCUGGAUGAUUUUCCUUUGGCUCAAUUAUUGAAGAAGACCACUGUUCUUGACGUUCUUGUUGAAAUGCCUACUGCUCCUUCCGUUGAUGUUUCUACUGCACCUGAAGUAAGAACUGAUGUUCGUAGUGAUGAGAAUGAGUUGGAUCCUCCCAAUCCUGACAUUCAUUCGGAAGAAGUUCCUGUUGGUACUGAUAAUAACCCAACUGUUCUACCUGUAAAGAAGAUUCCUCCUAAUAUUUCAUCUGUUCCAAUCGAUGGAAUCUCCUUUCAUCAUGAGGAGAAUGUUCAACGUUGGAAGUUUCUGGUUCAGCGGAGGUUAGCAGAUGAGCUUAUUAGGGAGUAUAUUGUCAACUUGCCUGAUGAAUUUAAUGAUCCUAGUAGCACGGAUUAUCAGAUCGUUCAUAUUAGGGGUUUCAAAUUUGUAAUUUCUCCUGCGGUGAUAAACGGUUUUCUAAGAAAUGUUGUUGAUCUUGACUGUUCUCCGUUGUCUCCUUUAACUGAAGUUUUGGCUUCUGUUUUAUCUGAUCGGACUUUAUCUUCGUGGCCUGUUAAUGGAAUACUUGCAGUUGCUCUUAGUUUCAAAUAUGUCAUUAUGCAUAAGAUUGGUAUUGCUAAUUGGUUCCCAUCUUUCCAUGGUUUCAGUGUAUCUGCUGUCUUAGGAACUUUCUUGUAUCAAAUUUGUAAUGACAACAAGAUGGAUACAGACAAGAUUCCAAUUGCUCUCCCAUGUUUUUUCUCUAGUCUUCUUCUUCAUUUGAAUGUUGUUGUGAUAACUGCAUCUGAUGCUCUUGGACCUGAUCCUAAAACAUUAUCCCUCAGCUAUAAAAUUUUUCAGGGCAGCCAUGUGCCUGAUAUUGAUCAUGAUGUGCAUCCUUCUUGCAGAUCGCGCAUCUUCGAUACAAGUGACUAG